CCGAGGUUGUUGUGGAGAGGGACCACCUGCGGCAGCAAUACGAUGAGCUCGAGUGUCUUCGAAGCAUGUUUCCAGGUGACGAUGAGCUCGUCAUCGAUGCGUAUGUCCAUGCUAUCUACGAGUCUGCAGCAGCGGCGUCCAGCGCUGAGGCCAUUACACUGCCACGACUGGUUGCCAUCCUUCGGUUCCAGACCUGCCUCAUUGAGAACGCGGCACCCGAGCUCGAGCUGCAGUAUCCGGCAACAUACCCAUCGUCGGCCAUGGCCUUUGAGCUGCGCUGCCCGACAUUGUCGCGAAGGGAGAAGCAUUCCAUUGUUGACCGCUUGGCGUCCAUUGCAAACGACCAAGUUGGCGAAGUCGUGGCCUUACAGCUCUACCAGGCUGCCGCUGAGAUCCUCCAAGAGAUUCAAGACGAAGCACAUCUCGAGGCGCCAGCGCUCGCAUUGCAGCCACUCGUCCCGAUCGCGCAACCUUGCCUCGGGCGCCGCGCCAUUUACUUCCACCACAUUAUCGCCAGUAGCAAGCGACGCGUGGUCAUUGACUGGGCCAAAGAGCUCCAUCUCGGUGGCUUUUCAAAAAUCGGGUGGCCCGGCGUCAUUAUCGUCGAGGGCGAUGAGCCGUGCGUUGCCGAGUACGUCCGGCGGCUCCAGCACCUCCGCUGGAAGCAAAUGGUUGUUCGCGGCGAGCAAGUCGAGACGAGCUCAGAGGCCUUACGGCGCCUCCCAUCGCCUCUGACGGAGCUCGAUGACAUGUCCAUUCUUGCAGCUGCGUGUGCUGACGCCGGCGUCACCGACCUCUUCUUGACAACCAUGAAAAUCUACCGCUAA